AUGUCAGGUUACAAAAGGUUCAAGCUAUUAAACAUCAGUGAAGCUAACGAUCACCUGUCAGCCCUCUCAGCGGACCGUACAGGUAAGCAGCCCGCAGCUGGCAUCAGCUAACUGUAAGAGAGGAAACACGCCCAUCAGCUGAUUCAUGUCUGCCGAGGCUAACAUGCUAACAGCUAGCUGCUAAUCUGUCAGGGUUCGAGGAUCAUAGGGAGCUAAUCUGCUGGAUUGGCUAGCUAGCUCUAGCUGCGAACAUACACCCGCGUGCAUUGCACACCCGCACAUCAUGUAAGAGUAACAGCGAGCACCAAAUAAGAACUUUUCUAAAGUGACCAUUAAAAUGUUCAUUUAGAGUUUCUUUUCCAGACUUACCGAAAUAACUGACAGCAGCAGCACCCUGUUCCUGCACCGACACCUACCGUGACUCAGCGUGGCUUCUGAUUGGACCACAAAGGAGACAUACCCGUAGACACAACGCUGGAUUCUGGUGUUCUGAUUGGCUGUUAAGGAGCACUCUCCCGAAGGAUGACAUCCGCUGCUGCAAUCGGCCCGCCCUUUCAGCGCGGCUCGUGAUUGGCCUCUUACUUUCAGAAAGCUCAACACUACCAUAAAAGGCCUUGUUUGAGCUUCACCGAUUGGCUAAAGGACAGGACAAUCACACGGUGAGUCCAGCGGAGGCUGCUGCUCCUCUUUGUUUGGAUGGAUGGAUGGAUGGAUGGAUGGAGAGGUUCAGCUUCCUGCGGUGCACCGGGACCUUUACCUGUUUAAAGAUCAGCUGAUUAUCUGUUUUUAUAUUCAUUCAUGAUAAAAACCGCCAGCUCUGAGAAACAGCAGACAGUUCAUUUCAAGUGACGCUUUAUUUUACUCCGUAACACUGUUACAACCUGCUGUGUGUGUGUGUGUGUGUGUGUGUGUGUGUGUGUGUGUGUGUGUGUGUGUGUGUGUGUGUGUGUGUGUGUGUGUGUGUGUGUGUGUGUGUGUGUGUGUGUGUGUGUGUGUGUGUGUGUGUAUGAUAGAGACGUUAGCACCGGGCUGCUCUCCUGCAGAAACAGGAUACCUUAAAUUAAUCCGCAACACCACAGUCCUGCUUCUUCAACAAAAGGUCCUGCUGCAUCACCAGAGUUUGACUCCUGCACCAUAGUCCUCCUGCACCAGAAUCUUCCUCCUCUGCACCAGAAUUCUCCUCCUGAUCGAGAUUCCACCUCCUGCACCCGAAUCUUCUUCCAUCCCAGGACAUCCUCCUGUACCCUGCCCUGCUCCCAGCCGGACAAACUGGACCCCAACACCCUGGACCUCAUCAGACCCCUCUUGUACUGGGACCGAAAGGACCCAUCUGGCCUAGACCACAUCAAACCGUGCUGGUACUGGGACAAAAAGGACCUGGUCCACACCCCAUCACAGGCAGAGGGUCUGGACCCUGGUACAGAGGCCCGAUAUCGCAGGGAAGGGGCCCGGUUCAUCUUCGAUGUGGGCACAAGACUGGGCCUGUAUCCUUUUAUGAUAAUGUUGAUAUUAGAAUUUACAACAGGAGUUUAUUACUGCAGAAAGAUAUCUGUGAUUUCAUGAGGAAUGUUAAUAUAAGUUAACUCUAAAGAUUGAUUGAAUUUCAUGGAUAAACUUAAACACACAUUUACUCCAGAGGUAGAUUAUCCUUCGUAGUCACAGAGAAAGAGAGAGAUUAAAUCAGAGCUGACAUCAUUAUGUCGAAGCGGGAAAACAGGUUAGGACAGGUAGAGGUUAGCUCAGGUAGUCUACUCUCCUUACGCUGUACAUCACAUGGUGCACAUUCUGCCUUAAAAGAGAUCAAACAACAGACUGAGAUCAAACUACUGACUCAGAUCAAGUUGAAGACUCAAAAAUCAACUAAAGACUGAUUAUUCUACUGACGCAGACUGAGCCACUCAAACUACACACAUAAAGUGAACUACAGACUUUGUAUUAUGGUCAGAGUCUGUAUUUCACUUAAUCUAUAGUUUGAAUAGUUUAAUUAGCUCAUAGUCAUAGUCUGCCUCUGUUUCUCAAAGUCAUAGUAGAUUAAAGACUACAAUUUGAAAUAGAGACUUGCUGUAAACUACUGACUCCAAUUAAACUACAGACUCCAACUGAACUUCAGACUUUGAGCAAACAGCAAAUUCAAGGUUAACUACAGACUCAGACUACACUCAGACUGAACCAUAGAUGCAGAUUGACCUACAGACUCUGGUUAAAAUGCAGAGGCACAGUAAAUUACAGACUAAUUUAACCACAGAGUUGGAGCAGAUUACAAACUUUAACUCAAAGUAGAAACUUGCAGCAGAUAACUGACUUUGAUUGAACUACAUACUCAAAGGCCACAGACUUUAACUAAACUACAGACUUAGAGCAAAUGACAGAUUUAAAGUUAACAGACUCAGAUUGAAAUGCAGAUGCAGAUUAAACUGUAAACUACAGGCACAGUAAUCUAUGACUUCAAUCCUGGGUUGGUAUCCUGUUGGCAAAUACACAAUAGGGGAAACACUGACUACAGGCUGAGUCCAAACUACAGUGGUAGAUUCACUGCAGACUCAGGCUGAACAGUAAACUCAGUGUAAACCACUGACUCAGAUUGAAGUCGAGACUCUGACUAAACUACAGGCUGUAAGUAAACAACAUAUAAAGGGCUAAUCACAGACACGGACUAAACUACAGGCACAGAUUGAAAUACCUAUGCAGAUUGCUUCUCAGUGGGCAAAUGCAGAUGUUUGGUCUCAGGUGAGUGUGGUCUUGGUGGAGGUUUCUGCCUUUUAAAAGGAGUGUUUCUGUCUCAUAGAGGGUCAGUUGUGUGUUCUCUUACAGAACAAAUGGCUGCCUAUGGUUUGAGCGCUGUAUUGAUACAUUUGUGGUGUCUGAGACAGAUUCAGCCCAUCAUUGUUCUUCACAUGAUCUGCUUCAGACAUUAUGACACUCUGGCCACAGGGAUCGUCUAUUUCCAUCGUUUCUACAUGUUUCACUCCUUCAGACAGUUCCCCAGAUAUGUGAGUGUGAACAGCUGAUUUAUCUGUAAAAUAUUUGUGUGUCCAUGCUUGCUAAUUGAUGUAUGCACAGUGAUUUGUUAAUAGAGCAUCAGUGUCGGGAGCCUUUUCACCUCUAGAUGAGGAUGUUGAUAUUAACCCUUAGUCCUGUCUGCAUGUAGGUAGCACCAGGAUGUUUAUGUUAACAUACAGUCAGGUCCACAAAUAUUGGGACAUCGACAAUAUUUAGGCUGAAAAAUCAAAACAAACCCAUCAGAGAGAUAGCAACAACAUUAGGUGUGGCCAAAUCAAACGCACUGGUGAGCUCAGCAAUACCAAAAGACCCGUAAGACCACAAAAAACAACUAUGGUGGAUGACAGAAGAAUUAUCUCCCUGGUGAAGAAAGACCCUUUCACAGCAGUUGGCCAGAUCAGGAACACUAUCCAGGAGGUAGGUGUAAAUGUGUCAAAAUCAACAACCAAGAGAAGACCUCACCAGAGUGAAUACAGAGGUUUUACCACAAGAUGUAAACCAUUGGUGAGCCUUAAAAUAAGGGAGACCCGAUAAGAGUUUGCCAAACAACAUCUAAAAAAGCCUUUAAAGUUCUGGAACAACAUCCUAUGGACAGACGAGACAAAGAUCAACUUGUACUAGAGUGAUCAGAAGAGAAGAGUAUGGAGAAGGACAUUAACUGUUCAUGAUCCAAAACUCAUCAAUGAAGCAUGCUGGUGGUAGUGUCAUGGCAUGGUCAUGUAUGGCUGCCAUUGGAACUGGUUCCCUUGUAUUUAUUGAUUAUAUAAUUGCUGACAAAAGCAGCAGAAUGAACACUGAAGUAUUUUGAAGUGAAUCUGUUUGAGCAUGCAUUUCACUUGCUGAAGACAAAACUGAAGAGAAAAUGCACCAAGAACAAGCAGGAACUGAAGACAGUUGCAGUAGAGGCCUGGCAGAGCAUCACCAGCGAUGAAACCCAGCGCCUGGUGAUGUGUAUGUGUUCCAGACUUGUAAUUAUAAUUGUAAUUGACUGCAAAGGAUUUGCAACCAAGUAUUGAAAAGUGAAAGUUUGAUUUAUGAUUUUUAGUUUGUCCCAUUACUUUUGGUCUCUUAAAAAGUGGGAGGCACAUAUAAAAACUGUUGUAAUUCCUACACCAUUCACCUGAUUUAGAUGUAAAUGCCCUUACAUUAAAGCUGAUUGUCUGCAGUCAAAGCACAUCUUGUUUGUUUCAGUUCAAAUCCAUUGUGGUGGUGUUUACAGCCAGAAAGAUGAGUAUUGUGCCGAUGUACCAAUAUUUAUAAACCUGACUGUACAAGUGAUUUUUAAUUUUUUUGGCUCUAGUGUUUUUACUUGGAGAGGAUAGCAGAUUGAUUUGAGCAAGACAAUACGAGAGAGAGAAAGAGAGGAAGGGAUGCACAGUAAAGGUUUCAAGACCAUUACAGCCUCUGUGCAUGAGGCCACAACCAAACCACAAGGCCAAACCGGCACUCUCUGGAUGCAACAUUUAACCCUGGUCAUGUAUACAGAGAAAAGCAGAAUGUUGUCAUUAACCCUGAGUCCUGCCUGCAGGUGACAGGUGGAUGCUGCCUCUUCCUGGCAGGUAAAGUGGAAGAAACUCCAAAGAAGUGUAAAGACAUCAUAAAGACAGCUCGCAGUCUGCUGAAUGAUGUCCAGUUCGCUCAGUUUGGAGAUGAUCCCAAGGUGAUAAUAAAAGCUCGACUUGUGCUGUCUGCACUAAAAAUAAGACAGAACUCAUUCCUGACUUUCUGUGUGUGUGUGUGUGUGUGUGUGUGUGUGUGUGUGUGUGUGUGUGUGAGUGCGUGCGUGCGUGCGUGCGUGUGUGUGUGUGCGUGUGUUUGUCCUCUCAGGAGGAGGUGAUGGUGUUGGAAAGAAUCCUGCUGCAGACCAUCAAGUUUGACCUCCAGGUGGAGCAUCCCUACCAGUUCCUGCUGCGCUAUGCCAAGCAGCUCAAAGGUUUCCCUGUUAAUUCUUUUAUACAUUAUCAACAUUAGGGCUUCCAUGAUACCUCAUUCUCACCUCAUGAUUAUCACGUCCAUGAAAUAACAACGUAAAUAUUACAUAGGAAAGAUGGGAAGAACACACAUGCCGACACGCAGGAGGCGCCCUCAUUUUGACCCAGUAUCCUGCUGUUCUCUCAACCUGUAAUGUCCCUGAAUUAUCUCCCUAUUUCCAAAUGAUACUGUGAGCAUUGAAAUUAAGUGAAAUUAAAAGUAUUUUUCCUAUCUUUGAAUCUUUGAACUUCAAGUGAAAUAGGUUUGUACGUCUUUAGAGAGCUGCUACAGCGAACUCACCAGCAGCUGCUACAGCUUCUUCUUUGUCUUCCCUCCCUGUCAUGUUGGUUGCCUUUAUGCUGGUUGCCAGCAUAAAGUAUCACUAAUGCUUCCACGGUGAACCAUUACUUACAGAGUUCUAAAAUAAGCUUAUUAUUAGCACAAUAUCAAUAUGCCAUGUCGUUGAAGAGACAGUAAUUAUGAAUAUGAUUGUGGCUGCCUUAUUUGACAUCAUCAAAAUAUACACACCAGAAUAUGGUCCAUAAUCAACAUUAUCAGAACAUGCACACUCAAAUAUUGUAUUUCAAUGGAGCUUAGUAGUAGAGGUAUUAGUAUUAGUUAUAUAACUGGUAUUAUUAGUAAAAUUAUAUCAGAACUCUUUAGAUUCUUCUGAGACAGGUUUGUAAUUAUAAUAUAACCAGGAUUGGAAAUUUAAACUUCUUCUGUCCCACAGGUGAUAAGAACAAAGUGCAGAAAAUGGUCCAGAUGGCCUGGACCUUUGUCAAUGACAGGUGAGCGACCUGUGAUCAUACCUGAGAUGGACACUUCUGAGAAUUCUCAGUCAUAGUUGUAAAAAGAAUGACUAGAAGAAGUAUUAUUGUGGAAACAACAGAAAAAUAAUCAUUAUAAUCUCUCAUAGUUUGUGCACCACAGUGGCUCUGCAGUGGGAGCCUCAGAUUAUUGCUGUCGCCGUCAUGUACCUGGCUGGUCGUCUCUGUAAAUUCGAUCUUCAGGAAUGGAUGUCCAAACAGAUGAGUCGCCGCUGGUGGGAGCAGUUUGUUCACGACGUACCUGUGGAGGUUCUGGAAGGUAACGUAACAACCCCUACAACUGAUCAAAUUAAUGAUCGGAUUAUUAAUCUGAUUCAGAAAUCACACAUCAGAGUAUGUAUUUGAUCCAGUAUCAUUCUACAAUAAAUCUAAUCUAAUCUCAUAUCAUACAUAAGGUUAGUGGUCUAAUCAAUCAAGCAAUGAUCCUGAGAAACCUGAUGGGAACUCUGGGGCUCCCAGAAAAGACCGUUAGAUCUCAUUGAUUCAGUUUAAUUCUCAUUUUAGUGUAACCUGACCUUAUUUGAUUUAAUCUAGUGUUAGCCUAUGCUGUCCUGUUACCUUUAGAUGUCUGCCAUCAGAUCCUGGAUCUGUACUCUCAGGCCAAACAGCAGAUCCCUGACGGAGGGAUGAAUGCUGGAGGAACUCCUCCACUUCUCUCUAUCCUGCCCUCAUCAGCCCCUCCACCCAACAAGAAGACCUCCCCUCAGACCAGCCCUCGACCCCCCAGACCUGCACAGGUUAGAUUGUAGAGAGGCAAAGGUUUCCCACUUCAGUUGGUUUAUAACCUCAGGUAACAGUUUCCCCAUGAGGUUAUGGACCCAAUCUCCAGUUUCAAGUCCUCUUCAAAACGGCAUUAAACAGUUCAUUUCAUAAUUUAUGGUCCAGCUAAUGUUCAAAGAGACCAGAAAGCAAGGGAGGAUUUAGACAGAGGGUACCUGAAAUAGACAGGUAAAACAUAGUGGGUAAAUGUGGAAAGAAUUACAUUUACGUGCUUUAAGUUGUAUUUGGUAGGAUGAGAGCUCCCUGUUUGCCUGUGUGAUUAUAUGUGGAAUUUCAGAUCCUGUGGCAGGGAGUGCAGUAGCAAAGACCCCUUUCAUAAAAAAAUAAAGGCAUCAGUGACAAUCCAUGAGAGCCUGGUAGAGUCAGGCUUUAUCAACAAUAAUUUGCAGCAGGUUUGUAAAUGUCUCUCUUACUGUUUCCAGUUAGUGUGAACUCUAACUCUUGCUGAUUUUAUUGUCUUUUUUCAGCCGUCUCCCAAAGAAGACAGCAAAUCAGUCAGUGAGUCAAUCUACUUACUUAGCAUUGACACACACACACACACACACACACACACACACACACACACACACACACACACACACACACACACAGACAUCACUGUGUAGAUCUGGAGAAACUCACACUAUUAAGUUUGUCUUUCACAGAACUCGCUAAUCCAGAGCCUCCCCCUCCUCCACCUCCUCUUCCUCCUCCUCCCCCACCUGUCUCCAUGAUUACAGGUGAGUGUCUCCUCAACACUCUCAUUGCGUACACCUGCAAACUCAGCUCACCUCCACUAACAUCAGGGUGGAUGUGGUUAAAGCUGCUGUGAUAGGCAUUCAGUUUGUGAUUUUAGCGCCAACUGUGGACAAAACUGUUGAUGCUGAUUUGAUCCUUUACACCUGUGGUUGCUAUGUCUUGACCCAAAGGGCUCUAUUUUCGUGUGCGCCGGUGAGGCGGCGGAGGGCGGCGAGCCCCGCGCAGUUGUAUGUAGGCCAGUUUGGUAUUCUCGUGGACUGAGCCGCACGGAGGCGAGCCGAGAUCCGCCAAGCUGGGCAUGGUGGCGUGGCAGGGGGAGGUGUCUACAGAAUCAGCAGGUGCAGUGACAUUUUCAUGCUCGCCACCGGCGUGUAAAGUGCGCUGAAAGCUGGCCGAUUCAAAACUGGUCAGCUUUCAGCGCAUGGCGGAGCGCAGCUGGUCUAGUGGUAUUUUGGUAGACCGGUGGCCUAUUGUCAUACGUCACUGAUGCCUCACCGGCAGGUUUCCAUAGUGUCAGGCACAUUUCAGUGCAUUAAAUAAUCAUCAUCAACUAAUAAUCUGAGUCAGCACAUACAUUUAGAUCUAUAUAGAUAUAUUCUGAUCUAUAUGUUUGGCACGCGUUUGGACACACAACCUGACCGAAUCAACACAGCUGAAACCGCAUCAAAUUAAAUUAAAUAUCUAGUAAAUAAACAAACAUGAUGAAGUUAACAAGAUAUGUAAUUCGUCUUCCUCCUUUUCUUUCUUCCUCUUCCUCUUAUUUCUCGACCUGGACAUGUCUCUGUGUCCUCUGUCCGUCUUGCUGCUGCUGCGGCUGAACAGAUGAUUUGUUUCAGUGAUCAGAUGCGUUAUCUACUUUAAGCCAACAUACGGAUAUUAUAAUAUUCAGUUUUGUGGGCCAAAUUUAUUUUAUAUGCCAACAUCUAUGAAAGAAAGAGCCAGGCCACGGAGCGCGAUGCGUCAUUUACGCACAGAUGGUUCUGAUUUUAAUGCCAUUUUUGGAGUUUAUGUUGUGAUCUGUGCGCUCAACCCACCUUUGUCACGUGAGGUUUGAAUAUGAGCAACUUUAUGUGAGUGUCUUUAUUUGUGGAAAGGGGUGUUUGUCUUACCAGUGGGUCCAACAUUACACACACCAAAUCCGUCUGUGCUCAUAUGAGAGAGUGUGGAGGACGCUUGUUGAGGAGCUGCCCUCUGUCGCCAUCUUGUGGCAUUACUGUCUUAAGACAUCUCUUGAUCUCUUUGACUACUUCAUGAAAAUAGUAAUAUGCCUCGCCUGUGGCGGAUUUAAAGGCAAGGAGAGGAGCUUAUGUGAUUGGUGAAAACAGGUCUCGGCUGUGUUAAACCCACUCCACGCCCUCUCUCCUCCCCGUCUACGACUUAUGCUGCUGGGAGGAGCUGAGUUAGGGAGGGGGGAUACUUACGCCGGGCUGUGCGGCUCACCAAAAUACCAAAAUGUGCUUGGGAACGCCUUGUCAGCGCGGCGGAUCUGACUGACGCUGUGCUUGCGGCACGUCUCCGGCGAGGCACGAAAAUAGAGCCCAAAGUCUCAUCCUGCUUUCUUUUGACAGUCAAGCGUACCUUUAAAAGAUGCUUCAAUGUUUCCUUUGAAUGUUAGUAUCUGCACAUGAUGUGUCAUGCACUAAUGUCAGUAUUUGAUGUUUGUUACCGGAGGCUCUUUAUCAUCAUUUUCACCACAUCAGAUAAACAAACAAAGGGAAACAGAGAGCCAACAGCAGGGUCUCAUAAUCAUUUCUCAGAGCCUUCAUAAACAGAGAAUUUGACACAGUCAGCUUACUCAGUGUCUCUGUUUAGUCAUCCCGAUUUUGUGCAUUGAUGAAAACACAUCUUCAUCAGCACUGGUCCAAUCAGAUAGCUGAUUAAAAUUGUUUGAACAGUGAAGGUGUGUGUGUGUUUUUCUAUUCGUGUGUUUCCAUGUUUGUGUGUGCAUGUGAGUUUUCUCUAUAUUUCAUUCCUGACUCUCUUUUUUACCCACAGACCCUGUAGCUCCUUCCUCUUACCCACUUGCCCUUGACCCCCCCUCCAAGCCACCUCCCCCUCCUUUACCCCACUGCCCCCCUCCCCCUCCUCCUCCCCCCACAGACCUGCCCCCUCCCUCCAGCUCCCUGAUAUCCAGUGAGGGUUACCAGAAGAUCCAGUCCCUUAUGAACAGCUCUGUGCCUCACACCUGUGCCCCUCCCCUCACCUACCACCCCUAUCCCCCCGGCUCCACCUCAUACCACACCCCCCCUCUUUCAUCCUAUAGCUAUCUGCUGGCUCCACCCCCCUCAGUGAUGGGUGGAGGGUACCCCCCACCCCCUAACCCAGGACAACACCAGCUGCCUCCCCCUCCGCCUCCUGGGAUGCCCCCCCUUAGCGGACUGAACCAACGCACCUGGAUGAGAUGA